UGAUAUCGCACAUCGUAUAAUUUACAAAUAAUUUUCUUCUACCAUCCUUACCAACCCAUAUAAUGAUUUAUACGAAUUACAAUCUCGAAUUUACCUAAAUUCGUCGAAUAUCAGAAUGUCCAUCUUUUACAUUCUCUACGUCGCACUAUUGACCUUCGAAUAUUUUGACUGUGGAAGAGUUCACAAGUUUCCAGUUAAUUUAAAUCAGAGGGAGGUGCGAUUCGUCGACGGUCAAAAUUGUCACAACGGUAAUCCAAAUGGUAAUCAUAAGAAAACCACAGAAAAAAGUAUCGUUCUUGCACAAAAAGCAGCACAGGAAGCUAAAGCAGCCUCAGAGGCUCAGAAUAUCGCUGGUCAGCAAGCUUCUCGUCAAGUAAAAACGCAACUUGCUGAGAAAGCUGUGCAAGCCGCGAAAGCGGCGCAGGACGUGCUGACAAGAAAGAAAUUAAUAGUCGAUCAAUUGCAAGAGGAAGUGAGAGAAGCUCAAUCAGUUGUUCAAGAAGAAUCUUCCUCCUUAGAGCGAGAACAGUCUAAUCUGAAUGCUGCUUUACAAGCGGCAAGGCAAUCUCAAGAUCAAUUAAAGACGCUAACGCACGCGGUGCAAACGGCUAAAGCGAACGCGGCGAACGCCCAGGCUGCCGCGGGCGGCGCGCAAAGAUCGAUGAGGGAGAAAGAAGAAUUAGUGGACGCGGCCAAAAGACGCGUCGAAGAAUUGUCGAAUCAGCUGAGAUUGGCCAGACAAGAACUAGCUAAUACGAAUCGAGAAACUGCCAAGGCAAACGCUGCUGCUACCGAGGCGAAAGCUAAUGCAAAUAGAAACAAAAGACGAUUGGAAAAUAUUCGAAGAAGCAGACACAUGAAGCGGUGCGUGCACGAUUGAUAAAGGAAGCCAGCGAAGGCAAGGAUAUUGUAUCACUUGAAUAGAUGUAAAUCGAUUAAUGAUAAAAAAUUAAUAUAUGCAAAUUUAAAGAACAAA